CGCCUGGUGGUCGUCGGUUGUGAAUGACUGGAGAUUCUAUCAUCUUCGCCGAUUAAAUGAAUGGUUUGAAGCCUUAUCAUUUGGAAAUCCUGAGAAAGGCUUCCGUCGUGUUGGAUUCGUUCACUCUUUCGCGGUCGAUGUGGCUGCUCUAGCUUGCGCAUAUGGCUGUUGGAGUUGCGAGGUUUUGGCUAUGGUGGAUUGGUGUUACUCCUUCUUUUGACUCUUCCUUCUCGAUUUCCUGACCAUGCGCCUCUAUUCUUACAAUCUAUUCCAACAAACCGCUGCACUCUUGUUAUACACACUCAGUCGGCAUCUACCAAACGGAAACUAGCAGAUAGACCGUCAAUAAUACACAACGCAGCCAUGGCAGGUGGCAAAGGAGUCUCCACGUUCCCUUUGGUCCGGAUCUCGCCUCCGCAUAUCAACGUCGACCUCCACAAUUCAUUCGAUGAAGUGACCCAACGCACGGUGGAUCAGAUACUUUCAGACGAGGCAAGCUUUGAGAACAGCUUUGACGAUUAUAGCGGUAGCGAUGGUAUAAACGGAGAGGAUGAUAUGACACGAAGCGGGGGUCACCGCACCUCGGCAAUUACCGCUGCUACGCAAUCUGCAAACGUGGACUCGCCUUACUUUCCAAGCAAAAAGCGCUCGAAGACCCAAAAAGCGGCACAGAGACACAUCAGUCGCAUGGACUCGAAUGACGAUGAAAACGAUACCGAGUCUAGUACGAGUGUGGUUGGGCCUAAUGGACACACGCUCGUCGAUGAUGGCGAAACUCUGGAUGACGCCUCUGAGGAGGACAUCGUCUUCGCGUCUGUAGACCUAGAUAAGAGGAUGGAACUGCUUACCUUUAUCAGCUCACACCCGUUCAUGAAGAAAGGCGAAUAUCCUGUACUACGAUCUGCGCGACGAAGCUUCGUUCGUGAAUUACGUCGAAAGAGUCGAUCGCUUGGUAUGAAAGAGGCUGAUCUUGAAAGGCUGGUUGCAUAUGUCAAGAAGAUCUACCUUGAGCUGUAUGGGAAUGGCCAGAUGAGUCUGGAUGCUUCUGGAUUUGGCGAGGAGAUCAAGGAUGGGCAAACAAGCCCACCGAAGUCGUCUAACAAGGACAACAAGAGGAAGCGAGGCGCCAGCAAUGAUCAGGUGACAACAUCGAAACAGGAGGAGAAGAAGACAACCUCGAAGAAAAGAAAGUCGCUCGAACCCAUCACGAAUGGACACCGUAAAAAGUGUGAAACUGAUGGUCCGGACGCAAACAUUACGAUAGCGAAGCCUCCCGCGUCUCAUUCCAAGGUCAGCCGGGAAAGAACUACAGAUGCCGCCAAGGGCAUGCCGGCAAUUACUAUUGAUUUAUGCCCGAGUGGUAACGAAAGUCCCGAGCCAGUCACCACGCAGAAUAAUAGAAGGAAGCGCGAUAAUCGCAAACAGCGAAAGAAGAAACAAUUUCGCGCAAGCCUUACGAACGCUGAACAAGUCGCAUUGUCGACGAGAUUUUUAGAUACCAAUGAUUCGCAAAGUUCAACCACCAGCGAUGAGGUGAGGUCAAAGUUUUUCAUCGCCCCCCGGAAAUUGGAGAAAGGGAAUGUGCAUUGCGGAGAGAGAAGAAGUACCCACUCAAAGAAUGUUCUUGAUCGGAUACCCGAAGAAACCCGAAUUCUCCUAUCCAAGCUGAAUCUUUCAUCAGAUUUCCUUUCUACUGAUUCAGACUUGAGUGAUGUACCUAGCGGUUUCGAUGAUAUUCCAUUUCUCUACUCUCCCGAUGUCUCACCUAUCCAGACACAGUGUGUAUCAGAGGCCGUAGAGCCAAGCACGCCGACUAAAGCAACAUCGAUAGGGGCUGCUCCUGUGCUGCCUAGAACACCACGUCUGAGGUCUCAGAAGAUAUCCCCAUACUUUCCCAAACCUCUGGUCGACCCUGAUUCAUGUCUUCCGUUUCCACCCAUCGAUGCGCCAUCAUUCGGAUUAGUACAGGAGCAACUUGCCCAUGAUCCUUUCCGUCUACUAAUUGCCACCAUAUUCUUGAACCGUACUCGCGGGGGCGUUGCGCUUCCAGUACUAUUCAAAGUGUUUGAUCGGUUCCCAACGGUGGAGGCGAUGGCAUCGACGGACCCAUCCACCCUGGCAUCUAUGAUACACUGUCUCGGAUUCCAGAACCAGCGAGCGAAGAAGUGCAUUGCACUAGCCCAGACCUGGCUGGCCUUCCCACCUACGAAAGGAAGGCGCUACCGCAAACUUCACUACCCCUGCAAGGGAGAUGGACGUGAUAUCGGCGCCGAUGAAACCAUUGCUGAUGAUGACGCUCGCGUGGGUUGGGAGAUUGCUCACCUUCCUGGUGUCGGACCCUAUUCUUUGGACAGCUGGAGGAUCUUCUGCCGUGAUGAACUCCGGGGACUUGCCUCGGAUUGGAGAGCUCAGGGAGCUUCCAAGGCGUCUUUCAGACCUGAGUGGAAAUCAGUGUUGCCGCAAGAUAAAGAGCUACGAGCGUACUUGACGUGGAUGUGGUUGAAGGAGGGUUGGGUGUGGGAUAGACACACUGGGGAGAGAACAGUGGCGAGUGAACGAGUGAUGCGAGCAGCACGUCGCGGAGGGGUGGCUCAUGAGGAGGAUGGGAAUUGGGUUCUGGAGAUGUCGCCUGUGAAGAAGGCGUCGAAUGGAUUGACAGCAUGGAACGAAAAUAUCAACCGAUCCGACAGUGGGGACGAGAAGCAGGAAACAAGGGGUGGAAAGGAAGAACGACAACGCUCUAUUGCCGUCUUCUACCCUUCCUUUCACCCUCUUUUUCGAAACCUUUCCACCUUCUUCCACAUAAUGUUUCUACCGCUGAGACUAAAUGAACGAGAUCGCGAUAGGGACCGGGAGAGAAAGACUUCUUCAUCUUCGACCCUUUCAUCCAAAUCCAGACCACGCAAGAAUCGCUCGUCCCACGGACAGACCUCCCGCACUUCAACCAAGGAACGCGACCCUGAUACUCCCACGGGCCGCGCCUCAACCCCUUCCACAUCUACUUCCAAUUCCCGCAAAAAGCGCCGCUCCUCCAUGCCUGGGGUCGACAGCGCCAGCCACUCGGGCACAGCCUCGUUCCUCGAGUCGAGGACCAGCCUCCCAUACCCGACCUUCUCCAAAGCCCACAGCAAAGAAGUCAUCAGCAAACCGAGCAUCCCUACACCGGAUCCGACCGACCUGACCGAGGGAGGUAAAGAAGGUAGCAAUGGAGAUGCGAAGACCCGUGCCGAGAAUAACAACCAAGCGCCCCCCAGCCCGCCGCUGACGAGCGUGGACCAGCAAUCACACAAGGCAAGCACAGUUGGUAGUAAAGAAGAGAAAGGAGCGGAGGAGAAGCCAGAGAAGCCAAAAACCAAGAUUCGGAUCAGAGCAGAAUCUACGCGGUCAUCCUCGAGUCUGCGGUCGAAGAAGGAUGACGGUUCCAAAACGAGCAAGCCAACACGGUCGGAGACGGUAAAACCGAAGCGCUCCAGCUAUGAGUCUGAUUUGCCGUCACGGACGGCUAGUCGCAAUUCGACUCGGUCAAAGAUCGUCGAGGAAACGGCUUCCCCCAAGCGGCCAUCCAGCCAUGCCACUCCCCCUCGCUCACCCGCGACAGUGCGCGACAUUGGUCCGGACUCAGCAAAUGGAUCGGACGCAACCAUUGCGCCGCCUCAUCAGUCUACAACCUCUCGCAAGCCGAAGAGUCCAGAGAAGCCGCCAUCGCGCAACCAGACGCGAUCGUCGGCCUCAUCUCGCCCGAGCUUUGGGGCUCGUACACCGGUUGACGCUGCGUAUGAUUAUGGACGACCACCCACAGCAAGCUCUGCCUACGGUGCUCCACCACCGCCACCGCCUCCUCCCGAAGUUCCUGUCUCGAUUCCAAAAGUCGACUAUCUUCUACAGAAUGGUGGGCUAGACCAUCGUGUUCCGAAGUCUAUGCUCGGCCCUUCUGUUCCCGAGGGUUCGCCGUAUGCGCCAUCGCCUUCUCAAACCGCGGCAACCAAGAUAUUUGAACCGUUCAACAGACUGCUCGAGGAUUACAACAAUGUAAUGGCCAAGAACGGGUCGCUAGCGGUUGCCACGGGGUAUCGGUCUGUCGCGCGCCGCCUGCUCGAUCGCUUGGAAGCGGUGUUUGCCCGUGACAUUUCAUGCGAGUACUGCAGUUGUCUGAUGUGUGAGCAUGAGACAAUGGAAGAACGUCCGUCAGGCGUCAGCUGGGGUGAGGUAUUGGAGCUUGUCUCGGGUCGUCGUGAACUUCCCAGCUGGCCGGCUUUCAUAUUGAACCCAGCUGUGGUUGACGCGAACUGGUCUGGGGAGGAACAUAUUCCCAUGCAGAAGCUGGACAUUGAUGUGCCGGAGGAGUAUCGUGACCACUUUAUUCGUCAAUCGCGCAAGACGAAAGUUGCUGUGGACAAGUGGCUCAACGAGCAGUCCGGUCAGGCUACGAGCGCGCCUGAGGAGGUAGAUGACGAAACCCUGACCUUUGCCAUCUUGACCCAUCUCGGACCUCACGAGCGUCAACUAUUCUCUGCUCUUCUCGGCCUCGGCUCUACAGUGCCUACACCGCGACCGGAGGGACCACCGCGGCCCCGACCCGCACCAUUGGUGUCAUCGUCGCUCGCCAUCCAGCGACUGUACCGAUUGACCUCCGCUCCGCGCGAUCCAGAAGCUGCCAUCUACAUGCUGAACAAUCCCGGCAUGCACCAUGUUCUUGCCACCCUGGCAGCAAUCAGUGACGACGAGUGGGACAUCUUGAUCUCUGGUCGGUUUGAUGGUUUUCUGCGGAGUGGCGCUGAAGACACCUUCCCCGGCGCACCAGGCUCGACCCCACCACGUUAUAGCUACAGUCGAUCCAACACACCGUUCACCACCGGCGGAAUCUCGCGUGGCCCGACACCAAACCCAAUCGACGGAGGGAUUCGACCCGCUAGUCAGCCAUAUGGUCCGUGUUCCUCGCCCGCCCCAGCUUCAUUUGGUGGCCCGAUCGCCCUGGACGAGGAAAUGGAAAUCGCGGCUCUGGCGGAGAUAGAACGGGACAUCUACCUCGGUAUGGAGGCACUUGAAGAUGCUUUUGAGGCCCUUCACUGCAAGGCAGAGGUGGUGCGGCGCGCGCUCCGCGAACGUGGCGCAGGGCUGUCGAUUGCAAACCAGAACCGUCGCGGUUCCUACGUGGAGGCUCGCCUGGGGACUCCAGCCUCUGGCUUAGGCGUAUGGGAUGAUGGGGCAGACGACGACUUCUUAGAUGACGCCGUGUCGUUGGCUCCAGAUGACUCGGCCAGCAACAUCAGCUCCAACCGCCGGCGCCGUCCAAAGCGUCGCACUGAACGACGGACACCUGCUCCUGUCGAAGAGGAGGACGAAGAAGAAGUAUACGACAGCCGACGAGGCUCCCGGAGAAGAUGAUCCACGGCAAUAGUCCUUGAUGGCGACCAACUCCUUUCAACCCAUAUACAAAAUACCAAUAACGCAACCGCAUCCGCCUGGUUCUCUUUAUUAUAGUUUCAUUUCAUUCAGCGUCAUGACACGACAUCUAAACGAGCGCACGGAACCACGAAUGCACGAAUUGCGACGAGACGAGACGAGAUGAGAUGAAAUGUAUCAACGCAUUGAAGACUCGAGGAAGUCGAGAUGGCGGGUGUGUAUGUAAAUGACAUGCACGACACCUAAUGUUUAUGUAUUUUAACGAAGUUUCCUUUUCUUCCUGUUGUUUUGUUCGUCCGGUUUUCUUGUUUCUCGAUUCCCACCCAUCAACUGCUGACAACGAUAAUGACUUCGUUGUACAUACGCCCCCUCUGAUGUUAUGACUUUAUGAAUCGGUGAAUACCAGCUGCAUAUAGGUGUCCUUUAUAUUUAGAUAUUAUGCUUGAAUAGUAUAUUUGUCU